AUGGAUUCACACUUCCUAGCAGGCAAAAAGAUAAUUAUUGCAGGUGCCGGGAUGUCGGGCCUGUCUUUCACUCUCGCUCUUCGGCGCCUCUGGCCCGCUAAUUUGACGCCUCCAGACAUCACGAUUUAUGAACGCGAAUCCAACGUCGUACCAGCCGGCCGAGAAGGAUACACUCUGUCACUUGCUGGCCACGACGAGACCGGCGGCCUCUAUGCAGCUCGCGAUCUUGGCAUACUGGACGACAUUAUGAAACAUGCCGUGCAGGGCCUGGGGAAUAAGUUCAAGUUUACAAUGUGGAACAGCUCAUGGAGUGAACUUUUAACUCGAAAGUUUGAGCCUGCUCCCGGUCUACCUACGUCAGGGAUCCGAAUUGCAAGGAAAAAUCUUCGAAAAGUGCUGACUGAUGCGGUCGGCCGAGAGCGAAUUAUAUCGAAUACUACUUGCGUGGAUGCAGAGAGGCUCUCUAAUGGGAAAAUGCUCGUCAAACUCUCUGGGAGCCAUCUACCAGAGAAUGAGUCGACCGCUGAGUGUGAUCUUCUCAUAAUCGCUGAUGGAGCAUCCAGCAAGUUCAGAGCAAGUCUCCGGCCAAAUGAUACCUUGCAAUACACUGGAAUCAUGCAAAAAGGCGGCCUGGCUAUCUUUCCAAAUGGCAUACCAAAGCCGGUUGACGAAAAAUGGGGAAUCAUACUUUCCUCGGGCAAAGGCGUCGCUUGCUUCCUGUCGCCAUACGAUGAAACAAGCGUAUCUUGGGGCUUGAGCUAUCGCGCACCAACUAUUGAAGAGCCAUUGAAGAUCAGCAGCAUCGAAGAAGCACAAUCAUUUCUUGAACCAUUCCAAAGCAUUCUUAACGCAACGGAUCCAAAGUUUGUGUCUCGGCUCGCUGCUAGAGAUAAACAGGCUUUCAGCCAUGAUCUUUCACUCGGACCGGCAAUCUUCAUAGGGGACAGUAACCACGCAGUUACUCCAUUUUCGGGAUAUGGAGCUAGUCUUGCCAUGAAAGAUGGCUGGGAUCUUGCAACGCAAUUGUGCAGCUCUCAGAGUCUGGAAGAAGCUGUUAAAGCGUACGAUGCUAUUAGCAUACCGAGGGCCACUAAAGUACUCAAGGAAUCACGCCAGCGGAUUGAUAUGAGCCAUGCGACUGGCUUUAAUUACUUUUUAGAUAGGAGCCUCCUUAGUUUUGGUGGAUUUGUUCUUGGGAUCAAAGAUGCGUUAGGUUCUACAUAG